AAUACUUGAGGCUACACAAUGUUUUAGAGAAAACUGAGAGUUUCAUUUCCAUCUAUGGAAGCUUCAAGGAACUUGCUUUAUUCUCCUCCAACUAUUCAUCCAAGAACCCAACUCAAAAAUCCUUUAUUUUCAUCGUCAUCUGCUUCGGUUUCGAUUUUUCAUCAUGAGCAAGAAGCCCCUGCAUCAACUUCUCUUGCGAUUACUUCUGUAGCUAGGCAUUUUCCUACAUCAGUUAUCUCACAAGAGCAGCGAGAUGAUUAUAUACCGCUGCCUGUCUUGCAUUUCCUUAAGGAAGAUAAAGCAAACUCGGGAGAGACGAACAAACUGCAGACCGGAAAUGGGCCAACAAUUCGAGAAGAGAAGGCAUCCGACAACCUUGACCAGUUGGAAUUUGAGCAUCAAUUGCUUCAGUGGCCCAAUUUAAAGCAAUUAUUGACACACUUGGAAUUAGAGGAAAAUACAUCAUCUUCCUUGAAUAUGCAGCCUGUGGCAGAUGAUACUGAGGAGAUUAUGAAUGUUGAACCAAGUAAUGUGGUCGCGCUUGCUAAGAAGGCACUGUCAGCUUCUAAACUAGCUGCGUCAUUGGCUGAGGACCACAAAUUAGAUCUCGAUGAUUCACCUCCUAAUAGUUUGAGGUCUGCUAAUUUGUCUACUUUGUCAGUUGAGGAGGAUAUAGUUACGGUUAGGUCAACCAAACGUUUAGAGAGGCAAUCUAAACGAAGGAGGGUGCAAGCUAAAGUUUCCAUUUAUGAGACUUACAGUUCACGAAGGAAGGAUGUAAGAAGAAAGUUGAGUGAAAGUUCUGAUCCCAAUGAUCCCCUUUGAAUGUUUUUGUGGGGUCCUGAGACAAAACAACUCUUGACAGCAGAAGAAGAGUCUGAAUUGAUCGUUCAAGUUCAGAAUUUGAAGAGACUAGUGAAAGUAAAAAGUAAGCUUCAAUCUCAGUUUGGGCGUGAACCAACCUUGGUUGAAUGGGCUGAAGCCACGAGUCUAAGUUGUUCAGCGUUGCAGGCAGAACUUCGAUCUGGAAAAAGAAGCCGGGAAAAAUUGAUCCAUGCGAAUUUGCGCAUGGUUGUUCACAUUGCUAAACAAUAUCAGAGCCGUGGUCUUAGCCUUCAGGACUUGCUGCAGGAGGGAAGUAUGGGUCUUAUGAAAAGUGUUGAGAAGUUCAAACCACAAGUUGGAUGCCGAUUUGCCACGUAUGCCUACUGGUGGAUAAGGCAAUCGAUUACAAAGUCUAUAAUGCAACAUUCCAGAACCAUCCGUUUUCCGGAGAACGUAUAUGGACUUUUGAGUAAAGUACUGGAGGCAAAGAGAUCAUACAUUCAAGAAGGAAAUCAUCAUCCUUCCAAAGAAAAACUCGCAAGACGUGUCGGAAUUACCGUUCAGAAGUUGGAUAGGUUGCUGUUCUCAACACGGAUGCCACUUUGUAUGCAGCAGCCUGUAUGGGCUGACCAGGAUACCACCUUUCAGGAGGUAACAGCAGAUACUGGUAUCGAGAUCCCAGAUGUUAGUGUCGCAAAGCAACUGAUGCGGCAGCACAUGCGCAACCUUCUAAGCAUUCUGAGCCCGAAAGAAAGGAAGAUAAUCAGGCUAAGAUUUGGUAUCGAAGAAAGUAAACAGAAUUCUCUUUCGGAGAUGGGAAAUAUGUUCGGAUUAUCCAAGGAAAGGGUGCGGCAGCUAGAGAGCCGGGCGUUAUACAAGCUCAAGCAAUGCCUAGUCAAACAAGGCCUUGAUGCAUAUGAAGAUUUUUAUCUCCGAAGUGUUGUCCUAACUGAAACUAUCAAGAAUUUGGCACCAGAUAGAAUUUUUUUGGAUAAUUGUCGUCUAAGAUUUACCAGUUCAUAUAUGAAUGUAUCUGGGAAAAAACAACAACUUUUACUUAAUAGCAUAUAA